AUGAACUUUAGAGGUAAAGUUUUACUGAACUACGGUAACAAUGAACAAUUCUACGAGGUGACAAAACAGUAUAAAGCACAUUGGGGUGAGAAGUUGUUUGUAGUGGAUGAGUCUUUGGCAAAUUUGUUCAAAUAUGCUUCACGAUCAAGUCAAUACAUUUCUGCCAGUGAUUUGCACAUUAAACAAGUCAAAGUUAAAGAGGUAGAUAAUGAGUAUGUGAGGUUCAGGUUUAAUUCGAACCUCCUGGCCAAUGUUUUAUUAGGGAAAACCUCACACGUUGUCAACUUAGAGCAAAACCCCGCUCAUUUAAAAGAGUUUACAAACCGAAAUGUUUUUGCGGCUGCGGUAGGUGGUUUCAUUACAUCUAUGCAAUGGUUACCAAACAGUUUAGACCAGGAAGAUGGCAUUUCCUACUUAGCAAUCGGAGUUAUUAGCGGAGAGAAGGAGCUUGCAGAAGUCAAUGCUGUCAGCCCCGAGUUGAAUGUGUUUAACAACACCACCCAGAAAAACAUCCGGUCUUCGCUCCAAAUAUGGAAGUACGAGGCACUAAUAAACCAAUUAGAACUUAAACAUACGUUAGUAACUUCAGAAUUUGGAGCAGUUACUGAUAUACAAUGGGCACCAUUAUUCACUGACCAUGAGGUGCUAGGGGUACUAGGUUGUGUCUUUAAAAACGGGGAAAUUCACUUGUUAAAAAUUGACGAUCGUCUCCCAGAGUUUAGUAUAGUUCAGAACCCAUCCUAUCGAUAUAAAUCAAAUAGCAAAUGGCCUUCCAAUUUGACAUGUUUUUCAUUUGUCGGUACUGAAAAGAUCAUUGCAGGAACUGCUGAUGGAUAUAUAAUGGAGCUUGAAUUACCGUUUUGCAAAGAUGGAGAUCUUUCGCAGCCUAACUUCAAAACAUUUGUCUCCGACGGUCCUAUUUCAAGCGUUGUUUCGGUUCCCAUAUCUACAGGGGAGCAUGUUACUAUAAUUAACGGACAGGCCUACAGGGGAAUGGCAUUUUCAACGCUGGAUCCGCUAGUUGAUGUAUUUUCUCCAUUGUCUGAAAAGUCGACGAUAAAGCCAACAUACAAUUUUAUUCUCCAGGAUGUACUUCUAGCUCAUAAUCCUGAAAACAGCAACAUUUUAUGCCUUCGGUCUCUACAAGAUACAUCUUCCACGAUGCUAAGGCUAAACAGCCAUAUGACAACUUUCAAGUUAUCAGAAGCUUUGGGCCAUCCAUUCAUGUUAACUGGUACAGAUACAGGGGAUAUUAUAUUGAUGAACUAUACAAGAAAGUUUUUUUCAAGUAAAGGAGGCAAUAAGGUAAUGGUGCCUUUAAAACUCUGGAAAUUCACUUUAAAUGAAACCGACUCCACCAUAUCGAUAUCAGCAGACUAUGAAAAAAUGGACAUAGAGAGCCCAAUCCAAGCAUCGUAUAUGCCAUCAAAGGUUAUGAUAAGCGCCGUGGCAUGGAACGAGAAUAUAAUUGGCAGCUCAGUUUACGCUGCAGGAACAGCCUCUGGUAUUUUGCUCGUCGAAAGAUUGGACCCCAAAUUUCAAAACUAG